GACUUCACCGACGACAACCAUGGCCCCCGUUCUUACUCCAAGACCUACAAGGUCCCCCGUAGACCUUUCGAGUCCGCUCGUCUGUUAAGUGUCGGCGAGUACGGUCUUCGUAACAAGCGUGAGAUCUGGCGUGUCCAGCUCACUCUGUCCAAGAUCCGUCGUGCUGCCCGGUACCUCCUCACCAUGGACGAGAAGGACCCCAAGCGUCUCUUCGAAGGAAACGCCCUCAUUCGCCGUCUGGUCCGUGUCGGUGUCCUUGACGAGUCCCGCAUGAAGCUCGAUUACGUCUUGGCCCUGAAGGUCGAGGACUUCUUGGAGCGCCGUCUCCAGACCUGUGUCUACAAGCUCGGUCUCGCCAAGUCCAUCCACCACGCUCGUGUCCUCAUCCGCCAGCGUCACAUCCGCGUCGGCAAGCAGAUCGUCAACGUUCCCUCGUUCGUCGUCCGCCUUGACGCCCAGAAGCACAUCGACUUCGCCCUGACCUCGCCCUUCGGUGGCGGUCGUCCCGGCCGUGUUCGCAGAAAGAAGGCCAAGGCCGCCGAGUCCAAGGAGGGCGGUGACGAGGAGGAGGAGGAGGAG